AUGGCGGACAUCACGGACGAAAAGUUAGACGAAGACGUCAAGAAAGUCACAGAAAACGACUCGUAUGGGUUGUCAGAAAACGACAGGCAAACGGAAGAUAGAGUGGAGACCUCAACGGAAAGCAUAGAUCCCAUUUUUACAGAUGGCCACCUGUCCUAUGUCGGGCAUGACGCCACAUCCAUCCCAGAGUCACUUAUCCAGCAGUUUGCCAGCAAAACCACACGACUAGACCUUAGCUUCAAUUGCUUAUGCUCUGUAGAUGGCCUAGAGUCCUUCACUCAGUUACGGGAGCUCAUCCUGGACAGCAAUGAAAUACAAGAUGGUGUGCUCUUCCCAUAUAUGAAACAACUGAACACUCUUACUCUCAAUAAAAACAAGAUCACGGAUUUGGACAGCUUAAUUCGGAUGAUAAAGGUGCAGAUGCCAUCCUUAAGCUACCUCAGUCUUCUUGGGAAUAGAGCCUGUCCAAACCAGCUGUCAGACACAGAAAAAGAUGAAGAGGACUACCAGAGAUAUAGAUACUAUGUCCUCUACCACCUGCCAAAGCUCAAAUUCCUUGAUUCAAGUCAAGUUAAAAUAGUAGAAGUCAAAGAAGCUGAGAGGGUCGGCCCAUUUAUGAAGGUUGUUCGACCAGAUGGUGAUGAAAAGAUCACAGACACUGACAAACAGUUUCCAACAAAUCCCUAUUCUCCUCUUCCCAACUCAAGGCGACAAGAUGGUCAACAUGUAGGAACGUAUGGUGUGUGUAAAUAUGUGUAUUACGGGAGGCAUUCAGAGGGCAACAGAUUCAUAAGAAAUUCUGACUUAUGAUCUCAAGUUUGUAUUUUAUGUGACUGUGUGACUAUGGAUAAGACCACAGCCUUUGU